GGCUGCAGGGGAGGGCAAUGUCCCGCUCCUGUGCAGCUCCCAUGUUGCCGUUCUUGUCCCGUCGCGACAUGGCCCUGCGGAGGGUGCUGGCGCUGGGGGCAGCCCUGGGCCGCCGCAGCUGCUGCUCCAAGCCCUCGCUGUCCCCUGACUUCGUGGAGACCCUGAGGGCCGUGGUUGGGGCCCCCAAUGUCUCCACGGCCACAGCGGUGCGGGAGCAGCACGGCCACGAUGAGUCCAUGCACCCCUGUGCCCCCCCAGAUGUCGUGGUGUGGCCCCAGGCGGUGGGGCAGGUGCAGGAGCUGGCAGCCCUCUGUCACCGCUGCCGUGUGCCCAUGGUGCCCUUUGGCACCGGUACCGGCCUGGAAGGAGGCGUCAAUGCCGUGCAGGGCGGUGUCUGCUUUGACCUGAGCCGCAUGGAUGCCAUCGCCGAGCUGAGCCUCGAGGACUUCUCGGUGACCGUGGAGCCCGGUGUCACCCGCAAGGCCCUCAAUAAGCACCUGCGUGGCACCGGGCUCUGGUUUCCCGUUGAUACCGUGGGCAAGAGGGGUGUCAUGGGGCAACAACACUUGAAGAGCUGGGGAUGAGGACACACUUGAGGA